GCUGAUGUAUGGUCCUCCGUUGCUGCUUGUACACUGGUCACGGGCGUCGUGCUGUGGGCGUUGACGUGGGCGUGGAAGCGUUUGUUUGGUGGGCGUGGCUUCAAGCUGAGUGACGCCCUAAUGUACCCGUGUAGUCUCCUUUUGGAGGAUCCGCCCACUGAACCGCCCACUGCUACCUCGGCUAGGGUACUACUAGGAUGGUGGCUGAUGGCGUGCGUGGUCAUCGGAACAGCUUACAGGUCGUCUCUGGUCGCUUUCCUGACCGUGGAGGGCAAGACGCCUCCCAUUAACAGCUUCGAGGACCUAGUUAAGCGACCUGGAUGGCGCUGGGGGAUGAAACCAAGUACAGGUUCCUUCUUUGCGUAUUUCAACAGCAGUAAGGACCCUAUAACGCAGCUGGUUAACAAGGGAAUGGAGGUGAGUGAGGGGGGAGGGAGCUAGGUGUGUCAUGAGAGGGUGUAUGUCUGUCAUGAAUGGAUGAGUGUGUCAUGAGAGGGUGUAUGAGGGAGUGUCAUGAAUGGAUGAGUGUGUCAUGAGAUGGUGUAUGAGGGAGUGUCAUGAAUGGAUGAGUGUGUCAUGAGAGGGUGUAUGAGGGACUGUCAUGAAUGGAUGCGUGUGUCAUGAGAGUCUUGAAUGGAUGAAUGUGUAAUGAAAGUGUGUAUGAGUCAUGGAUGGAUGAGUGUGUGUCGUGAGAGGGUGUAUGAAAGGGUCAUGAAUGGAUGAGUGUGUGUCAUGAGAGGGUGUAUGAGGGAGUGUCAUGAAUGGAUGAGUGUGUCAUGAGAGGGUGUAUGAGGGAGUGUCAUGAAUGGAUGAGUGUGUCAUGAGAGGGUGUAUGAGGGAGUGUCAUGAAUGGAUGAGUGUGUCAUGAGAGGGUGUAUGAGGGAGUGUCAUGAAUGGAUGAGUGUCAUGAGAGUCUUGAAUGGAUGAAUGUGUAAUGAAAGUGUAUAUGA